AAUUGAUUUAACUCUGUAGAUUUGGUCGAGCUAUCUUGAGCCGCACUCGGUAGUUUUAUCUUUGAAGUUGUUCUUUCUGUACCGGCUUUCAUUUGUGUCGGGACCGUCACGGAGCGAGGACGUAACCGUUUUUAUUUUGUUUAAUUUUUUUGAGUGUGUUGUUAAAUUUUUCGUAAAUGAAAAUGUUAUUAAAACACAACAAAUAAUUCCUAGUUUUAACCUUUAAUUCAUUUAAAAAAAAGUGUCGUUUCGUUAUUUAAUCGAAUACUAACGAUGAAUUCACGUUGCGAUGUGGUUAUUUUAUUAACGCUUUUAAUCGUCGGUUUAAACUUCCCAUUAAUUUCCGGGCUUGUUAAGUCGAAAUGUGAACGAAUCACCGUUUCUAUGUGUCAAGGGAUUCAGUACAAGUGGACGAUGAUGCCGAAUUUACUCGGACACACCACUCAACUUGACGCUAACAUAAUGCUAGAAAAUUUUAAAGGAAUCCUCAACGAUCAAUGUUCACCGUAUUUAAGACUUUUCGUCUGUUCCGUUUAUGUACCAUUAUGUUCGGAACACCUCCCGAGGGCAGUCCCCGCUUGCAGAGGUCUUUGCGAACAAGUUAAAACCGAUUGUUUACCAACUCUACAGAGAUUAAAUUUAUCAUGGCCCGAAGAAUUUAAUUGCUCAAGAUUUCACGAAUACUCCGAACAACCUAACCUAUGCAUGCAACAACCGAGCGACGAAGAACACCUCCAAGAGACCCACCAUUUUGGCCAACUCGAAAUCCCUUUGAAAAACGUACGACCGCCUCAUCAUUGUCCCAAAAACACAAUCUUUUCAAACAAUAUGUGCGUUAAGAUGUGCGUAAACGACUCAAGCUCGACCGAUCGAUUACUCUACGAAGUUUGGACGGGAGUUUGGUCAUUUGUUUGUUUGAUAGUAACAAGUUUUGCGCUGUUAACGUUCACGAUUGAGCCGAAACGUUUCCGUUGGCCCGCAAGACCAAUUUUAUUCUUAACAAUUUGUGGAUUUAUAACAUCUUUGGUGUACUUGUUGCGUUGGAUUUUUGGACCGUACACGUGUUCGGGGGAUUUAUCGAUAUUAAAGCCCUACGAUAAUUGGCUCUGUAUUAGUAUAGCCUUAGUUUUAACGUUUUGCGAGUUCGCCUUUUGUAUUUGGUGGUUCAUUUUUUGUUUGGUUUGGUAUUUAAGCGCUGCUAAAGAGUGGUCGACCGAAGCUAUCGAGAGAACAGCACCUCGCUUACACGCUUUAACUUGGACUGUAUCGAUAAUCCCGAUUAUUUAUGCUUUGAUUUCGAAUAACAUUGUUAUAAACGAAUUUUCUGGGUUUUGUGAGGUAACCACUUUGUUAUUAAUCAUUUUUGAGAUGAUUUUUACUUUACUAGGGGCUAUUUUGGCCGUUUUAACCUCGGUCGCUUUGAAGAACGUCCGGAAAACUUUGAUUUACGCGGGAAAAUCUCCGUAUAAAUUAGAACGAUUAAUUUAUCGAUUAGGUAUAAUAAGUUUGGGGAUAUGUCUCCCCUUAUUUAUAUGUUUGAUGUGCUAUUUCUUAGAUAACUUAACCGUGGCCUUAUUAAAAGUUUGCCUUAAAUUGUUGAGCGCCGUAUUCGCCGCAAUCUGGGUGUUCUCCUCGAAAACGUUUAAACGGUGGAAUAAAAUAAUUCGACCGUCUUUUACUCACAAAGAUUUAACCAUGCCAGUUACUAAAGUGUAAUUUAACUAAUUGUUGAUUAAAUUCUCGAAAAUUGUAUUAAUUAAAGUAGUAUUUGGAAAAUGAUGUGAUAUUAAUUUUAAGAUU